AUGGAGCGCACCGUGACCAGGGCGGAUCUAAACUCUGAAGCAAGCUCACCUGAUGCCUCCCCAACAUCUGUCUAUGCAAAAGAUUUAAUACCCUUCGAGUUCAUCGAGCAGGAAGCUCCACAGAUUGAGGAACAUGUCGAAGACGAAGAUGAGAUGAAAUUUUGUCUGUUCGCACCCACUCCUGGAAUAGCAAAGACAGCGCAACCUGUCUCUAGGAUUAGGCUAAAGUCGCCGACGCCGACGAAUGCAGAGCCCGGUCUGGAGAAUCCACAGCGAGACCCAAAUUAUUAUUUUUCCAAACCUCUAGGACCAGAAGAGCGGGAAAGGUUCAAUGCUUCAACAGUUUCAGGAAAAGAUGUCAAAUACCGCUCCUGUAGCUUCUGUCCUGGAAGCGCAUAUGCGUGGAAAGUCACCGAUGUCAGAGCAWCGAAAGCCGAAGCUCUAAUUCUCGCAAAAGCAUCUUCCGUCUAUCAAGAUCUUCUUGUUCAAGAACCAUCCAAGAGGAAGCGACCUGGAAAACAAAUGCGAAUCAAAUCCAGGACGAAACUUGCCAUGAUCAAGGCUGCACAGAUCGAAGAUCAGAAAGCUGCAGAGUUGAGAGAAGCUGCGGAGCGGGAAAAGCGUACCACACGCAAUCGGGAGAAGAAAGCCAAGAAGAAGAGUCGUGAGAAGGCUAAGAAAGCUGCUGGAGCUGUCGGUGCUGUGGGGAAUGAUGGGUCGGAUGGCGAAGAUGAUGAUGCUUCUUCGCAACCUGGUUGA